ACCACGCCCCGGAGCGCCCUGGCCGGUCCCGGGCAAACCACGAUGGGGUGAGCUGGGAGCCCAGCCCCGUUUCCCUAGCAACGGUCUCCAGAGCAGAUACAUGGCCACCUAGCGAUUUGUCAGACUGUGCCGGGGGUGGGCCGCUCGGUCCCAACUCCUGAGGCCUUGCAGCCCCGCUGACCCGAUGUUUCAUGGAACAAUAACAGAAGAGCUGACCAGUCAUAGAGAAUGGAGUCACUAUAAUGAAAACAUAAUAGAAGAUCAAAAAGAUUUUGUUUUUGUGAAGUUCAGUGGCCUUCAUUUGAAAUCUAUGGAAAAUAUGCAAUCUUGUAUCUCUCUUAGAGUAUGCAUCUUCUCAAACAAUUUUAUUACAGAUAUUCGUCCACUUCAAAGUUGUAUAAAAUUAGUCAAACUUGAUCUCCAUGGAAAUCAGAUAAAGAGUCUGCCAGAUACCAAAUUUUGGAGUGGAUUGAAGAACCUGAAACUUCUGUAUCUUCAUGACAAUGGGUUUGCAAAGUUAAAGAAUGUAUGUAUGUUAUCUGCCUGUCCAAGCCUCAUUGCCCUCACUUUGUUUGAUUGUCCAGUAAGCCUUAAAAAAGGAUAUAGACAUGUUCUUGUCAACAGUAUAUGGCCUCUCAAAGCACUGGAUCAUCAUGUGAUUUCUGAUGAAGAAAUAAUUCAGAACUGGCAUCUUCCUGAAAGGUUUAAAACAUGUAACUACCGACUUUUCUUUAACUUCUGCCCAGCUUUGAAAAAGGGAUCAGCCUAUGAAGAUGAAAUUAAUAAUAUCAAACAUAUUAUUUCAAAAAUUAAUGAAAUUCUGGCUCAUAACUCACCAGUUUUGAUUGUUCAAAGAUGGAUACGUGGUUUCUUAGUUAGAAAAAAAAUGAGCCCCUUGUUCUUGCGUAAAAAACAUCAGAAAAAAAUUAAUGAAUGUGAAGCAAAAUGGAUUUACAUACAUAGAAGAUAUGAAGAUAAGCUCUUUAAAGAUCUCUUUUUUCUGCCUGGAACUAAUAAAACAGAGAAGCUUCCACGUUGGAAAUAUAAUAUAUAUUCUCCUGUUGAUUUACAAAUUUCUAGUGAACAGAGAAAACAUGUUUCUUCUAUUUCAUAUGAAUUAAAAACAAAAAGACCAAGACAUCUCAUUCAAAAAGGUCAGAAAGAGACUGAAGAUGAAAUUGAGGAUGAAGAAUCAGAUGUCAGUUUUAGGAUAUCGGCGUUCAAACUACCCAUACACACUGCAGAUUCACUGAAGUAUGCUGCAGUAUUGAAUGAGAAGCAACGAGAUUAUUUUCCUGCAUAUGCCCAGCCAUUUCCUACCACUCAUCAAAAACCAGUAAUUAGAAAAAAAGACAUGCUGUUGGAGAGAAGUGUAAGAAGAGAGUUUUUUACAACACAAAGAGCUGGUAUGAAAUUCCACGCGCUCCAUGAUAGUGAAAAAUAUUGCUCAGAACAAAAGAAGCAAGAAAGCCAUAAAAAUAAAGUAACAGCUGUAAGCAUGGCCCAGGUGGCCCAAGAAAGAGUUAGAUUAGCUGUUCAAGAAAAUUUAAAUAAUAAAAUACAUGCUACGCAAAAACUAAGUGCAAAAGAUAAUGAGACAAUUCAGGAUGGUUUACGACGACUUUGGCAGGACAGAUCCAACUACCUUGAGAAAGUUAAAGAGAGGAGAGCUCUAUUUCUGGAAGAAAAGAAGCAAAGGGCUAAAGACCGUUUAUUAAUUCAAAACUUAAGUAAUGAGCGCACUCUUUUGAUCAAAGGAAUCACUAAAAUUGAAAGAUUAGGGAAGAAGAAGGAUGUCUUAAAAGAGAAACGUCUGAUCGUUCAGCAAAAACUGAAAACUGAGAAGUAUCAAAAGGAUUUGCGUAAACAAAUGAAGGAAAUUAGGGCUCAGGAAAUACAUAAAAGACACUGUGAAGAAAAAUUUGUCAAUGAUAUGAUUGCUUUUCAAAAAGCUUGUGAAAGAUUUCAAGAUGCAAAAACAAGAGCUGCAACUGUGAAAACUAAUUUAGGCUUUAAAGUUCCCAGUGGAAUGACACAAUGAACUGAUGCCAGAUCACAUUCUACGGUCAUUUUGAAUUAUGGUCAUUAUUUUUAAUUACAGGACUUAGAAAUAAUACCAUGAAAGAAGAAAUACUCUAUGAUACAAGAUGGCUUUGUAUAUAAAUCUUCUAAAAAUAUAAAGAAUAAUUAAAAUGUUUCUCUUCUUGGUCAUAAUUUAACUUAAGUCAAGUUGACUUCACUCACCCAGAGUUUCCUUAUAUAGCCAGAAAUCCAAGGAACAGUUAAAACUGAUUUAAUUUAUGGCAGGAAAUAUUUCAUAGGCAUAGCUUAUAUUUGAUAUUUUGAGUACAGCAAUUUGUAAGCAAUUUUCAGUUUCUCUGGCAACCUUAGCAUAGUAAUUUCUGCCCAGCUGUUGACUUUUAUUAACACACUGUGUUCUUUGAUUAGUUUCAUUACUUGCUUUCAUAUAUUUAAUUAUAUUUCCUGUUUAUUUGGCUAAAACAAUUUCUGAAUUUCUUUUUUCAAAAUAAGGGCUUCAGCAUUAUAUCAGUGACUCAUGUUCCUAUAAAAUUCAGACAAUUUAAAAUAUGAAAGGAAAAUUAAACAUUCUCAUUAACUUCCUUGGAGACUGUGAGAUAUUUAUAUAUUUAGUUUUGAUGUGUUUGCCUUUUACAUAAAUCUGGGGACAGAGAGAAGAGAUAGAGACAGAAAAAGGAUGCAUAUACUUGUGUAAUUGUGAUCAUAAAGUACACAGAAAAGGUAUGUGUCUAUUUUAAGUCUAUUUAAUAUUCAUAGUGUAAAAUUGGAAAAAUAAAGAACA